ACAAAUUAGCUACGUUCCUUUCGAUAAUAAAGGGUUACAUAUCCAUUAUAUGAACACCAGUCAUGUGAACUCAUUUAACAAAUAAAAAUACGAAGCAUUGGGGGACUACUUUUACCAUCUAAUCGGAAGUGACCACACUAUAUAUGAAUCGACGAUACCUUGACAGGCGGCUACAACAAUGCCACGCAGCCUCCACUUAAACCUCGCUGUUGCACUUUGCCAAGAAUCUGCAAGAGUGUAAGUUGAAAGUGUUGAUGCAGAGGUGUGUCAUUUUGCUAAUCAAGAAGACCGUCGCCCUUCGCCCCCUCGCCCCUCAGCUCCUCCGAGCGUGUGCGUCCUUUUCACGCCUCUCACCUCCGCCUCCUGAAUCCCGCCACCGUCUCCUCUCACCAGCCGACCAUCACGGAGGCCUCCCGUUCCGCCGCCUCUCCACGCACCCGCCCGACGCCAUGGCGGAGCAACGCUUCCUGGUGGAGUACGCCAAGCGCGGCACGGCUGGCUGCAAGAAGUGCAAGGACAAGAUCGCCAAGGGGAUCGUGCGCAUCGGCAAGGUGGUGCCCAACCCGUUCAGCGAAUCGGCCGGCGAGAUGAAGGAGUGGCACCACGUUAAGUGUAUCUUUGAGAAACUAGAGCGCGCCCGUGCUACUACCAAGAAGAUCGAGGACAUCACUGACCUGGAGGGCUGGGAGGAGCUGCAGGACGAGGACAAGGAGCUCAUCAAUCGACAUGUCUCAGACCUGAUGGCCAAAGUGAACUCUAGUCCCAAGAAGAAGGUGCAGGCCAAGUUGAAUACGUCGGGCAAGCUGAUGUCUCCUCCCGCCGACGCGUCGCUGAACGCACCGCGCAAGUUCUCAGGCUUCACUGCCGCCAAGGCGGGCACCUCCUCGUCUUCGCCCUCGCCCGCCAAAGCCAACCAGGGCAGUGCUCUGGCCAGCCAACUAUGCGACCCGCACCACAAGGACUGCCUGUUUCGGGAGUUCCGCAAAUUGUGCGCCACGGUGGCCGAGAACAACAGCUACAACAGCAAGACGCAGAUCAUUGAGAAGUUCCUGCGCAAGGGCACCGGCGGAGAUAAAUUCCACGGCGACUUGUACCUGACGGUGAAGCUGUUGCUGCCCGGCGUGGUAAAGAGCGUGUACAACCUCAACGACAAGCAGAUCGUUAAACUCUUCAGCCGCGUCUUCCGAUGCAACCAGGACGACAUGGUGCAAGAUCUGGAGAAGGGCGACGUGUCCGAGACGGUUCGCAUGUUCUUCGAGGAGAGCAAAGCCUCCCCCCCGUCUGCCAAGAGCCUGCUGACCAUCCAGGAGGUGGACGCGUCGCUCACCCGCCUCGCGCAGCUCACCAAAGAGGACGAGCAGCAGGCCGAGCUGGAGGAAAUCACCAAAAAGUGCACCAGCAACGACCUGAAAGGCAUCAUCCGGCUCAUCAAGCACGACCUGAAGAUGAACGCCGGAGCCAAGCACGUACUGGACGCCGUGGAUCCAAACGCUUACGACGCCUUCAAGGCCUCCCGAAACUUGGGCGAUGUAAUCGAGCGCGUGCUGAGGAACCAGCAGGAGGCGUCCAACGGCUCGGGCCCGAGGAAGCUGCUCACAGUGGAGGCCACGCUCAUGACACCCGUUCAGCCCAUGCUGGCGGAGGCGUGCAAAUCCAUUGAGUACGCCAUGAAGAAGUGCCCCAACGGCAUGUACUCGGAGAUAAAGUACGACGGCGAGCGCGUGCAGGUGCACAAGAGUGGCGACAGUUUCAGCUACUUUAGCCGCAGCCUCAAACCCGUGUUGCCUCACAAAGUGGCCCACUUCAAGGACUACAUCCCGCAGGCGUUCCCCGGUGGUCACAGUAUGAUUUUGGAUGCCGAGGUGCUACUCAUCGACACCAACACCAGCAAGCCACUCCCCUUCGGGACGCUUGGCGUGCACAAGAAAGCCGCCUUUCAAGACGCCAACGUGUGCCUCUUUGUCUUUGACUGCAUAUACUUCAAUGGCAACAGUCUCAUGGAGAGGCCGCUGUGCGAGCGGCGGAAGUUCUUGCACGACAACAUGGUGGAGGUGCCCAACCGGAUCCUGUUUUCCGAGAUGAAGCACGUCACGCGUGCGGGAGACCUGGCCGACAUGAUCACUCGAGUCAUCAGGGAAGGUUUGGAAGGCCUCGUGCUCAAAGACGUGAAGGGCUCGUACGAACCAGGCAAGCGUCACUGGCUGAAGGUGAAGAAGGACUACCUGAACGAGGGUGCCAUGGCCGACACGGCCGACCUGGUGGUGCUGGGCGCCUUCUACGGGAAAGGCUCCAACGGCGGCAUCAUGUCCAGCUUCCUGAUGGGCUGCUACGACCCGGACUCCAAGAAGUGGUGCACUGUCACCAAGUGCUCGGGAGGCUACGAUGAUGCCAUGUUGGCUCGGCUCCAGAAGGAACUGGAUGUCGUCAAAAUCAGCAAGGACCCCAGCAAAAUCCCUGGCUGGCUGAAAAUCGUCAAGAACUACUACCCGGAUUUCCUCAUCCGCAGUCCUGAGCAAGCGCCCGUGUGGGAGAUCACGGGUGCAGAGUUCUCCAAGUCGGAGAUGCACACGGCCGACGGCAUCUCCAUCCGCUUCCCGCGCAUGACGCGGAUCCGCGACGACAAGGACUGGAAGAGCGCCACCAACCUGCACCAGCUUAAAGAGCUGUAUCGCAUCUCCAAGGAGAAUUGCGACUUCAAAGUGACGGCAGGACCGUCCGGCGAAGACAAGGGCUCGUCGGGAGGGGACAGCGGCGGAAACUCGCCCCCUCCGGCCGUGUCAUCGCGUGAAAGCGCCCCACCCAAAAAGACAGGGAACCGUACCCAAGCCAAACGCAAGGUGGUCAAAUCUGAGCCGAGCUCCCCCGCUCUCGAAGCUCCCGCCCCCAAGAAGGUGAGGAAGAGUGAAAAUGGAGAGCAGAGCAAUGGACACGCCAGGAAGGCAAAGAUGGUCGCUCCUCCUCCCCCGCAAAUGCUGGAGUCCAAAAACAACAAGCAGACGCUGCUGGACAUCUUCAGCGGCGUCAAGCUGUUCCUACCGUCGGGCGUGGACGACUUUGCUAAGCUGCGGCGCUACUUCGUGGCGUACGACGGCGACCUCGUGGCCGACUACGACGCCGCCUCGGCCACCCACACGGUGGCUGACAAAGCGGAGGAGGAAGUGGGCGGCGGCGGCGGCCGGGCCCAGCGGGUGUCGGCCAACUGGAUCUGGGAGUGCAUCCGCAAGAGGCGGGUAGUGGCUCCCUGCUAACUACAACAACAAAGAAAAGAAGCAACACUUUGUCAUUUGCUCUUUCACUAAUUAAACCUAUAACGCCACAUCUUAGAUUUGUCAACAUGGUAACCUUCUGACACUUUCUAUUAGUGAUUGGCUUUUGCCGUCAUUAGUAAUAAAAAGCAACAGGAGGUGAAGCAGAAGCGGAGGCAUUGGGGAACCAUGGACGCUUUAAUUUGUAAUGUAGUCUUUUUUUGUGUAUUUAAAUCAUGAGAUGAGCGCUGAGCAAAUGUGAACUGGAUGUGUGCUUUUUAAAAUAAAGUCAAGAUGAUGAGGGAGGAAAGAAAAAAAAAACAUUGAGAAUGAAGUUCACUUAUUUUGAGGGGGAUAAAAUGAGGAAAAAAAAGUAAUGGAGUAAUUUUAUUUUAAGAGGUAUUUUUUUGGAGGAAUGUUCAAACCUAUGAGGAAAAACUAACAAUGUAAACAAAUGAUUUUAGAAAAUUCUUAAGUCAUAUGUGGGAGGAAAAAGUUUCCUUUUUAUAAGAAAAUACAACAAAUCGCAUGAGAAAAGGUAUCUAACUUUUACAAAUAAAAUGACAUUUCACAAGAAAAAGCAUAUAGCUCAAUAAGAAUAAACAUAAUUUUACAAUUAAAUUAUCAGAAUAAUUGUAUACUUGCACAGCUACUCCAGUAUAACGUUGACUUGUGUGUUUUAUUUUCUGGCGGCAAAGUGGCUCCUUGAAUGCACUACUAACACAUUUGGAUGAAGCAAGAUUGCAAAAGGUCUGCUUGCUAAAGUUGUGUCUGUAUUCGUGUAGGAACGCGGGUGUA